ACGUUUUCAUUACGGUAUAGAUGAAUCACUACGUUCGUUUAGUCUUCACACUGCUGUGCAUUUAUGUGUCUCUCUCCUAUGCUGAUGAAACUACAGAGAGGACAGUCUCAGCUCCGCUCCUAGAGCCACAACCAAAUUUGGUGAUAUGUCCAGAUGGAGUAGUUUGCCGAGGAGGACAGCAAACGUGUUGCCCAAGUUCCCCCUCAAGAACGAGGUUUAGAUGCUGCAGGUUUGCUUACGCUAAUUGCUGCCCUGAUUAUCUAACUUGUUGCCCUCGCGGUUGGACAUGCUAUACUUCAUUACACAGAUGCGUGCGACCCGGCACGCAUUCAUCUGUAUUGCAAAUGCCGGCCAGUCUGCUAGUUAAUAGCACAAACAAACAUUGCCAUGAUGGUACAGCUGACAUUGACCCAAAGGUUAGCAGAAUUACACCUUCACAACAGGAAGAAACAGCUUUGAAGACAAGUGGCUUCAUCGGCACCUCCGGCGACGUUUUCUCCCCUGAUGAAAAAUAUCAGUGUCCAGAUGGGACAAGCACUUGUGAGCUCUCUUCUGGAAUACAUGGCUGCUGUCUCAUCCAAAAUGCAAGGUGGGUAAAGAUAAGGGACACCAUUCCACCCCCACAAUCAGAUGACGCCGACCCUGAGGCAGAGGACAGAGGACCGUAAUACGGCUUAAAUCUAGAAACAAAUAGCGAAAACAAAAUUUUAAAUACAUGAGUAAAGUUCUGGACCAGUAUAACCAGGAUUUUUGUUUUGUCUUUUUUGUUUUAUUCCAAGGGACGGACCAUUAUUUUUCCGGAGGGGGGGGUUGGAAAAUAUUGCAAAAAAAAAAUCAUUUAGAGGGCCUAAAAAGACUGCUAAAUAGAUUGCUUGCAAACAUGAUAUGUAUAACAAAAAUAAUUUGCAUAGAGGUCAGAGAAACUUGUAACCAAUUAAUGAAAAAGAAAAAUUCAAAACUGAAAUUUAGACUAAAAGUAUGUAGUUGUUUGUAGACAGGGUAUAUGGCUCCAUUAAAAUCAACAUUUUAUUUGACCAAAUUAGAAUACCAAAUAUUGCAUGAAAUAAAUAAUUGAAAUAAAUAAAAGUAGCUGAGUAGGAAUUAAAAUGGUGAGUGUUUUAUAGAUAAACAACAAGCCAUUACUAGGAGCUUACAUGUAUAACAUAGAUUGGGGAUGGCUUUUCUGAAAUUUUCUUCGAAAAAUAGUUUAAAAUAUUGCUCUUUUCAAUAACACAAGGAAUGGACAUUUAAAAUUCAAGCAACGGUUUCGCUUUUCACUGCCGCCAAUCAUCAUACUGAACGUCUCGGAAAACGAAAAAGAUGAGUCCACAAGUGUCAAAAGGUAACGUUCGCGGGCAGUGAUUGGUGGAUUUCGAUUCGCUUUGUAGAUCCCUCUGUUUCCAAUUCGUUGCAGAUCGCCGCCGUAAAAUAUUAAAUUAAAAAAUGAUUGACGGCAACAAAAAGCGAAUCUCCUUUUUGUGUCAGAACGUGGUUAAAAAAGAUCGGAAAAAAAAUUGUUUGCAGGAAGGUGUCGUUCGAAAAAAA